AAGCGGCUCUUAUCUGUAGCUGCAGAAGUUCUUGACCACGCCUCACAUUGGACGAAGCGAACUGGAGGCUGCUGGCCGACAUUGAUACAGAAGAUAACUAAUGAGACGCUGCUUGUUUGUGUUUCCUCUCGGCUGCAGGAAAUGAUCAGUGAACAAUGAUGUCCACAGGAGAAGUUGUCAUUAUUUUUCUGUCUAUACUGUUUGACUUUACACUGACUCAAGUCCAGCCUUGUGAGAAAGCAACUGACUGCCCCAAAGAGAACCAGGAAGUCUUCGGUUCGUCAACAACAGAAAUCCCACGGCUCCUGCGACCCGCCGUGACGGAGGUGUUUUUCCUGGAGAGUAAGAUCAAAACAAUCCCCAAAGCAGCCUUUGUGGAAAACCCUCAGCUGGAAAAGGUGGAGUUCAUAAACACCGGCACGUCCUCCAUCGAGCUGGGAGCUUUUGAAGGUUUGGUUCACCUCAAGCACAUCGAGAUCUCUGGCACUCCGCUAACGUCAAUCCCAGUGGGAGUCUUCAAAGACAACGGCGACCUGGAGAUAAUUAUACUAAAGUCUAACGCGCUUCAGAGACUCGAGAAAGGUUUGUUUGAAGGCCUGAAGAAAGUAAGGGAGCUCCAGUUACACAUGAACAAGAUCGCAACCAUUGAAGACGACACGUUUGAUGGUCUCGACAACCUUUUAAUGCUCCAUUUAGCUAAAAACAACCUCUCUGCUGUGUCCACUGCCUGGUUCUCACACAUGAAAGAACUGCAGAUACUAAGACUUUACGAGAACCAGCUCACCUCCAUUCCUGAAGAUCUUUUUCGGAAUUUACCAAACUUGAAGGAGAUCGGGUUGUACGGAAACAAAAUAACGGAGCUACCACAAAAUCUGUUCCCACAUAAAGACAAACUAAAUAAGCUGCUUUUGGAAAACAACCUCCUGACUGGUUUCCCUGAAGGAUACUUUGUUGGCUUCUCUCAGCUGAAACAACUGACACUGAGUAAGAACCAGCUGACGAGUCUUCCUCCGGUGCUGUUUGGAGAAAUGCCCAAACUGACUGAAUUAAGCCUCCAACAAAACAAUCUCAGCUCUCUUCCUACAGGAAUAUUCGGCCCUCUGAAGAAAGUCAAGAAACUGGAUCUGUCUAAAAACCACUUCGCCACCAUCUCCGCUGGGUUCUUCGACGGUCCAGAGAAGCUCACAGAACUGAACAUCCAGAACAACGAGAUAAAGUCGCUGGAUUCAGAUGUGUUUGAAAAGCUGAAGUCCCUGACCACACUCAAGCUCGCUCACAACAACCUGCAGACGCUUCCUGGAGACGUUUUCGAGCCUUUAACGAAAAUCAAAAAACUGGACCUGAGUAACAACCCCUGGAGCUGCGACUGUAACCUGAUAGACUUUUACUCCUGGAUGAAGGCGACAGCUGACAAACUUACGAUUAAAGUGGUCUGUCAGCAUCCAGAACAUCUGAACGGGAUGGAAGUUAUUUCAUUAGUUGAAGAUCAGCUUAUUUGCCCCACAUUUCCUCCUACAACCACCAUCUUAGCCACCACAACAACUCCUGUAACUACCACUAUGCUCCCAACAACAGAAGCAACAACCACCCCCAUCCUGACCACCACGACGCCUCUCACUACAACACCAACAACCACUGCUCCAACCACAACUACACUCCCAACCACAGAACCAACCACCAUCACAACCACAACACCAACAACCACUUUGCCUCCUACGACGACCACAACUGUCUCCACAACACUUUUAGCCACAACCCUACCAACAACCACACCUACAACCACUAUGCCCACAACUGUGGCCACCACAACUACUAUGGCUACAGGUAUGGCCACCACAACUACUAUGACGACAGUUCCACCUAUGACGACCACAACAACUGCACUUACAACCAUUUUACCCACGACAACCCCAACAACAGCUGCAACCACAACCUGUAUGACAACACUUCUACCCACAACAACCACACCUACAACUACUAUGAUCACAGCUGUGGCCACCACAACCUCUAUGACAACACUUCCACCCACAACGACCAACAUCCCUACAAUGACCAUGCCUACAACCACUAAAACUACAAUUAUGGCCACCACAACUACUAUGACAACACUUCCACCAACGACUACAACAACUGCACUUACAACCACUAUACCCACCACAACAACUACAACAACUGUGCCCACAACCACCACACUUAGAACUACCCAACCAACAACUGCCCAAACAACAACCCUUCCUCCACUGACCACUCCAGCGAUCUUCGAAUGUCCUGUCCAUCCAUCCACUCAGGCGGCACCGACCUCAUCCGUGUAUCGAAACAAAUAUCUGCAGUGCAAAUCUCGGUUGAUGAUCUACGUCCCGUUGCUGCUGGUGGAGAUAAUCUGCACGUUGGUGCUAGCCAAGUUCACCCUGUCUCUUUACCAUCUGCUGCAGAGCCGAGAGACGAGGAACAACCGCAUCAAACUGACCCGGUUCGCCUACAGGAGAGAGGUCAUGCUUAGGCCUCUAUGAGGAAUUUAACAUCACCCCAUCUACUAUGACUACAACUUUGGCAACGAUAACUACUAUGACUACAAAUUUGACCACCACAAUUACAAUGACUACAAAUAUGGCCACCACAACUAUUAUGACUAUAAAUAUGACCACCCCAUCUACUAUGACUACAACUAUGGCCACAACUACUGUGACUACAACUCCACCUAUGAUGGCUACAACAACUGCACUUUUAGCUUUAGCUUUAAAUAAAAGUUAUUCUAUAAAAGUAUGAAAACAUGCAUCAGUUAAUUCUGCAGAAAUGUCUGAAUUGGAUUUUUUUUUUUGUACUUUUUUGGCUGUAAAACAUAUUAUUGUAAACUUAAGAGCUUCGGUAAAAUCAACUGAACUUCUCUUUAUUUUUUUGGUUCUCACACCUAAGAGGCACGCUUAUUUUUGUAAUCAGAAUAUUGUGUCCUGAACAUGAUGUAAUGUGCAAUGAUUAAAAAAAAAAAAAAUCUUC